GAUGUCAUUAUUCAAGCGGUGAGGUUUUUGUAUUACAGGCGGUCAUUAACUAAAAUGUCGACUGCUGUGUAUAGAUAACGGUUUUGAACCACGAAACUUUCGUCAAUUUUCACUCACAAGUAAAGUUUUCAUAUACACAUGUCCAUCUCGCUUUGGCAAAUUAUCCUUUGCUGUUAACAGAAUGUCUGGACACGAGAAACAAAUAAAAAUGACACAAAAUAAGGGAAGUCACAUGGUGCAGUUCCUUGCUGGUAUUGGUGCUUGCAACUUGAUGGUAGCGUGCGGAUCAUACCAGGCUUGGUCAUCACCUUCAAUACCCCACCUAACCAGCAAGGAAUCACCAUUUCCUGUAACAGGCGAACAAGGUACUUGGAUCGUAUCUUUAUUUCUCAUCGGCGAUUUUCUCGGCAGCUUGUUCAACCCCCUUCUAAUCGACCGAAUAGGCCGCAAGUAUACUCUGCUGAUCUCUGCCCUUCUACUCCUGAUUGGUUGGCUCAUGAUUGUCUUGGCCGAGAAUUAUAUUUGGUUAUUUCUAGCAAGAUUUAUUGGUGGUGUCGGUCAGGGCAGUAUUUUCAAUUCUUUGGUAAUUUACUUAGCGGAGAUAUCAGAAAAGCAUAUUAGAGGAACUUUGAUAAAUAUCAUGCGGGUAGGGAAGUAUGUCGGUAUAUUUAUUUCAUCCUCAAUCGCCGCCUACUUGUCGUACAGUAUCUUAAACUUGUUCUCAAUCGGCCUUACCGUCAUUGUUGUAAUUAUUGUUCUUCUUUUACCCGAAACGCCGUAUUAUUAUUUAAUGAAGGGUGAUGAUGAGAAAGCUGUGAAAUAUUUAAUGUUUCUACGGGGUCUUUCGUCCUCGGAAAGUUUGCAUUUGGAAAUAAAAAACAUGAAAAUGACAAUAGUGGAAGAUCAAAAGAAUAAUGGAUCGGGUUUUCGUGAGUUGUUUGUCAAAAGUUAUAAUCGAAAGGGUCUGAUGAUAUUGACUUGUUUGAAAGUUACACAACUGUUGACUGGUUACGGUGCAAUUAUCUAUUAUGCUCAAGAGAUACUCAGCCUCAGUGGCUCGUCAAUUGAGGCUGGAGUGGGUGUGAUGAUUGUAACUGGUAUUCAGUUGUUAGCCAGUUUAGCGGCUAUUUUUGUGAUCGAUCGAAUUGACAGACGAAAAUUACUUUUGUCAUCGGGUAUAGUUGAUGCAGUGUCUUUAACCGCUGUUGGACUUUUUUUCUUUAUGCAGACUUACAACGAAGAAUAUGCUUCUCACAUUACUUGGUUACCUCUUUUCGGCCUUAUUUUGUAUCAAGUGGCAUUUGCAUUAGGUAUUGGAAUUAUACCAUACGUUCUGUUGGGAGAAUUGUUUUCGAUAAAUGUUAAAGGUGCUGCAGUAGCUUCUGCUUUAGUUAUUGGAUCUGUUUUUAAUUUUGCAACGUCGGCUGGUUUUAAGAUUCUGAAUAAUGCGAUUGGGAUUUAUGCAACAUUUUGGUUGUUCGCGAUUAUUGCUGUCGUUGGAUCGAUCCUCACUUUUUGUAUCACACCGGAAACUAGGGGUAUGACAUUGGAAGAAAUUCAGGCGAUGCAAAAUCCGAGGAUAAAAGUCAAGUUGGAUGGAGUUAGUAAAGUUAAUUUAUUAGCGUAGAAUAUAUGUAUAAAUAAAUAAAUAAAAAUAUGUGAUGUGCCAUUGACAUGUAUAUUUUGAAAUUAUAUAGCAAAGUAUGUCAUCGUAUAUUACAUUCCUACAUGAUCAGUCGCCAUUAUUAUUAUUAUUAUUAUUAUUAUUAUUAUUAUUCCUGAUAUUCGCGCGGAAUCUAUGUAAAUUAUAAAAAACCGUUAUAUGUAUUCUACAUGUAAUGAAUUAAAUACUGAUAAGUUAGUAAAUAUACACUUAUCGUUUAAUUAAAACACUUUGAAUAUUUAUUUGAAUUAUAUACCUUAUUUUAAAGCAUUGUUUUUAUUUAAAUAAAUUAGAGAGGUUGAAUAUCAUCUAUUAUAGUGUCCAUUAGAUGUUGGAAAUCUAAUGAAAAACGCCAUUCUUUUGAUACAAUGUAUCCGCCCUAAACCGCCCGGUAUUGACAUGGUGCGACUCUUAUUAAUUUACCCCUCUGUGGAUAUCUACCCCAUGACAGUAACCUUCACGAGGGUGGCGUUUGUACUCGUUUAAUCUGUCAUCGGCCACGCCCAUUCUCUAUAUUUUUUUCUCACUAUGUAGUCCGGUUUCUUAGAAAAAAAUUUAUCUUCAAUUAAACAUUGCCCCUAACUAAAAAUAUCACGUAAUAUGAUCAACGAUUAAAAAUAAAAAAUAUUUUUCACGCGGGAAAUAAUAAAAACUUUUGUUUACAAAUUUUUCGUCUAAAAAUUUAUUGAUUGAAUCUCUUUAUUCCUUCUUUUAAUAUUUGGUAAAUUAUUGAAUCAAUAACAUUAAAUAAAAAUUAAUUAUAUUAAAAUAUUUUCAAUGAGAAUUUUCACCUAUUUAAUACACAUUCACAUAGAUAAAUAUUUUAUAUAUUUUUGAUAUUUCAAAGCUCUUUUGAAACUGAGACAGAAUGACAGGAAUAAUUACGCUAAAAUUGAAAGGCUGAGGAGGAAAAAAUGUAUCGAACUUGACGAAACGAAAAAAAGUCAGCUAAGUAAGCUCAUCGUGACAAUGGUCGGGA